UGGGAUUCAGCUGUCAGUGUGGGUCACGUUCAGCCCAGGCAUUCAAUGCAAAGUGAGACAUGGCUGUGGCAACGCGCCUCCCCCAGCCCAUAGCAGCACUGCACGCGCUCUGUGUGUGUGUGUGUGCUUGAGCACGCUCCUGUGUGUCUGCGCACACAUCUGUGUGCACGCACGCCGAGGCUCCCACUAAGUGCAUCUCACGCCGCCGGGGGAAAGCACAGGAGCUGCUUUCCACUGAUGCGCGGUGGGGAGACACCAGCGUAGGUGCUGGGCCACUCCGUCUGCUGAGCACCAGCACGGCUUGGAAACCAAGGUGGUGGUGGCGUUAGUGGUGGGGAGCUUUCCUUGUCCCAGACACUGGCUGUGUUCACAUGGCACUGGUUUGAGGGACGAGGGGAAGGUCCAGGAACAGCAAUUGUGUCGCAGAGGCUUCAGAUAAACCAGCUGGGAUAAGAGAAGCUGAGGCUUUUUGCUGCAACUCAGAGGGGAGCUACGAACUGUGGCUGAGAGUCUUUUUUAAAUGGUUUCUCAAGUCUACAGUGUGCAGCCCAAGGAAAGCUAUGGAAUGUGAAAGAAAAUGCACGAGCCAUGGCAGACUGAGUAAGUGCACAAUUGUACUGGAGUUCAGUCAGUAGGCAGCACCCGCACUUCCUCUCCUGGCUCCACGGAGAAUGUCUCGACUGUACUCCUUUCUUUAUGUGCUACAGCUACAGCACUGAUGUAGCUCUUACUGGUGGGUACAUUUUACUUUGAUUUUGGCAAGAUUCUUCAAAGCAGAGCAAUGGAUUUAUCCAUGAAGAAAGGAGCUGGAUUUUAUAACGUUUCUGAGCAUCCGAUUUGGAUGUAUAGACUUUGCAGGCUGCCUUGAUCACAUUCAAACAGAAGUAUAUGCAAGGCACCUUCAUCCUGUCGCUCAGGGCUGACUUUUAACAGUUUUUUCUGCAUAUUAAUUUCUGUGCACAGCCAGUCACUAUAGAACUCCACACCUCCUCAGCUUUACAUUUAGAAAGCAUUGGUAAAAGACAACUCUCCAUGGUUUCUGCCCUCCUCAAAAGCCUGCCAUCUUACAUUGUAAAUAUUUGCAAAGGAAUGUUUACAAAGAAACUGGCAAAUUCCACAAAGAAGAGAGAGAGCAGUGACAAUAAAAAGGAGCAAAAAUAUACUCUUGAGCCACAAACGCGGAAUCCAAACCUUUCCACAGCACUAAAGACUACCGUCAAAAAAAUUUCUAAAUGCUCAUCAGUUCGCAAUAUAUCCCUUGAAGAAGACGACGGGAGAAACGACUGUUCAUCACUUUCACCAACAUUCAGUUACCGUGUAGCAAUAGCUAAUGGACUACAGAAAAGUCCUCUUUUUAUUAACAAUGAGAGUAUCCUUCAGGAGGUCUUAUCUAUCGAAAGCAGUUAUUCUGAGUCUCUGAGCGACUUCAAAUUUAACCAUAGAUUAAAUGAACAGAGAGCUCUGACCAUGCCGGUAAGAAGGAACAGGAAGAGCCUGACAAGUUUGGCACCUUCUGAUGGAAGUUCAGAGGGAGAGAGGGUGGAACGCAGUAGUCUGCACACUCUGCGACUAGGAGCUUUGCGGAAGCUGAGGAAGUGGAAGAAGAGUCAAGAGUAUGUCUCUUCAGAUUCAGAGGUGAGCAAUUGGAGGAAGACUCUGGGUAUCCGGAGUAAGUCUCUCGACAGAGCUGGACGACAACAAAAAGUCACUUCACUAGAACCUGGCUCGAGCUCCACAGGCUGCAUAAGUCAGACCCAGGAUGUUAUGGAGAUGAUCUUCAAAGAGCUGCAGGGGAUCAGUCAGAUUGAAUCAGAACUCUCCGAGCUCCGAGGGCAUGUCAACGCUCUCAAGAACUCCAUUGACGAGAUUUCCAGCAGUGUAGAAGUAGUACAGAGUGAGAUAGAGCAGUUGCGUUCAGGCUUUGUGCAAUCCAGGCGUGAGACUCGUGAUAUUCACGAUUACAUCAAACAGAUUAGCAAUCAAGAUAACAAAGCAACACUGAGGUUCCUAAAUGUGCCUGAAGACAAGGUCGAAAAUACUGAGAAUCUCAUUUACCAAAUUUUGAAGGAUAAAAUGGGUUUUACUGAAGCACAUAAGACUCCUAAAAUUGAAUUUGCCCAUCGUUUAGGGCAACAAAGAGAAUGUUCCAGUGCCAAGCCCCGUCCCAUUAUUGUUAUCUUUUCAAGCCCCCAAGACAGAGAUUUAGUUUUAAAAAAAUGUUAUAAACUUAAGGGCACAGGUAUAUCUGUAUCUACAGAUAGCCUGGAACAUGAGAAAAAAGAGAAGAGAGAUAAAGGGAUGACAUCAUCCCAAACUUAUGAAAGUAUGGAUAUUAAAGUUUCUACUAAAGAGAAGAGUGAUCUUGAUGACUGGGACUCCAUGGAUAGCGAUAAAGAGUUAGAAGCGGACUUAAACAGGAAUACAUAUGCAACCUUGCCAAAGAUGGCGCACAAAAGUAAGUCUGACAAAAAAUCUCUUGGGAGUCACGACAGGCCAACAGAUGGCAUCCCAUAUUCAGGGUCAGUGCAUUAUGCAGACGACACCUACCAGUCAGUGGAGUUUGAAGACCAAGACAAGCAAACAAAGAAUUUUUACACUGAUUUAACUCCUAUGUGGCUUUCACAAAGUGACUACUCAACGCCUAAACUCAGCCGCUCUGAGUCAGACUGUUCAAAACUAUGUCAGUCAUACUCUGAGGAUUUCUCAGAAAACCAGUACUUCAGCCGGAUCAACGGCUGCUCCCUUCUGUCAUCUUCAGAUCAGGAGUUGUGGCAAAGGAAGCAAGAGGAUAUGGCUUCAUCAUGGUAUGCCACCCCGCCAAGUCAAACUCUGAGUCAGGAAAACCCACCAUUUGUAGAACAGAAUGAGGCAGAGACCACAGAGACUGUUGACAGUGGUGUGAGCAAUGGGCUUGUGGGUGUAUCAGGUGACAGGAGCCACUACAGUGGUUCUCAGCUAUCUCUGCAAGGUGACCUGUCACCAUGGAAAGACUGGCACCACUUAGAGCAAGGUGCAGACUCGGGUCUCGAUGCCUCAACAGAGCAGAAUCUUGUAUCAGAGGUCAGUAGCCCAUUUGAUCCUUCAGCUAAUCCCGGUUUUCCUGAAAACAUAAUAAAAUGCCAAGAGGUGGAUUUGCAAUUUGAGGGUGAGAACUACUUGACCCUUGAUAGCACCCCUUCCACUUGCCCUGGUUUAGAGAGUGAAUCAACGAGUCAACCUGAUGUUCAGAGUGAUCCGGAGGUCAACACAAGUAAUUUUUAUCAAAAUCAGAACAAGUCCUCCACGAUGUAUCGUAGUCAAAGUGAGAUCAGAAGUGAAAAAUCUGAGGAAGUGCCAAAAUCAUGGCACAGUCGGCUCAGUAUAGAUCUCACUGACAAGACGUUUAGCUUUCCAAUGUUCGGAUCUACUCUGCAGCGAGCUAAAUCAGCACUGGAGGUUGUCUGGAACAAAAGUUCCCAGAGCAACAGUGCUGCUGCUUCUGGCACCACAGAGGAACAUACAAAUUCCACAUUCAUGGGCAGGUUCAGGACUUUGUCCCAAUCCACUGCCAAUGACUCCAGCACAACCAUUGACUCAGAUGUCUAUACUGAGCCCUUUUACUACAAGGCUGAGGAAGACGAGUGUAGUGAACAAACAGUGGACAAUGAAACGCACUAUGUUGAGGUCAUGGAGCAAGUUCUUGCUAACCUGGAGAAUAGGACAAAUGCAAACGAACCUGAGGAGCAGUACCAGGACUAUGAACUUCCUCAGGAGGGAACCUACGUAUUGGAAUAUGACUGCAGCUAUGAUGAGCAAUACGAUGCAGAAUACAGUGAGGAAUACGAUGAUGACCAGGUAACAGAAGAAACAGCAGAGUUUGAUGCAAUGGUAUACACAGAGGGUCAAGAGGAGACCGAGGAGCCCCUAGAGGCUGUAGAAUCUGGGGAAACAGGGGAAAGUAAGAAGCCUGAGGAAACUGUUGUGAAGGAGGAUGAAAAUCAAAACUUACCAGAAGAACAACCUGUGACAACUCCUCCCAAGAAAAGGAUAAGACCAACUUUUAAAGAGGCUGCAUUGAGGGCUUAUAGGAAGCAAAUGGCUGAACUGGAGGAGCAGAUUCUUGCUGGAGAUAGCGCUGCUUUGGACACCCAGGCGGAUCCAUCAAAACUUCAAGGCACUGGAGGGCCCGGCAGCAUACUUUAUGGUAUCGACAGCAUGCCAGAUUUACGGCGCAAGAGGACCGUGCCUAUUGUCCGAGACCUGGCAUUGACAUUGGCUGCUCGAAAGGCAGGCAUUUCAUUUGCUCUUGUCACCAGAUCCACCCUAAAUAAUGAAGACCUGAAACUUCACGUGCUCAGGAAAACUCUGCAGGCCUUAAUCUACCCCAUCUCCUCCACAACACCACACAACUUUGAAGUGUGGACGGCGACAGCUCCCACAUACUGCUACGAGUGUGAGGGGCUGCUGUGGGGCAUCGCGCGGCAGGGCAUGCGCUGCACUGAGUGCGGCGUCAAGUGUCAUGAGAAGUGCCAGGACCUGCUCAAUGCAGACUGUCUACAGCGUGCUGUGGAGAAGAGUUCCAAGCACGGGGCUGAGGACAAAACCCAGAAUAUCAUCAUGGCAAUGAAGGAGAGGAUGAAGAUCAGGGAAAAGAACCGACCUGAGGUGUUUGAGCUCAUCCAGGAGAUGUUCCAGAUUUCCAAGGAGGAGUUUGCCAACCACUUGAAAACUGCCAAACAAGCAGUGCUGGAGGGUACAUCAAAGUGGUCUGCCAAAAUUACUAUCACAGUGCUAUGUGCCCAGGGUCUUCAAGCUAAGGACAAGACUGGUUCUAGCGAUCCAUAUGUCACGGUGCAAGUGGGCAAGACAAAGAGAAGAACGAGGACCAUCUUCGGAAAUCUCAACCCAGUCUGGGACGAGAAGUUCUUCUUUGAAUGCCACAAUGCCACAGACAGGAUAAAAGUGAGGGUGUGGGACGAGGAUGAUGACAUAAAGUCACGUGUGAAGCAACACUUCAAAAAAGAGUCAGACGACUUCCUCGGCCAGACCAUCAUAGAAGUGAGGACACUGAGCGGCGAGAUGGACGUGUGGUACAACCUGGAGAAAAGGACAGAUAAAUCUGCUGUGUCUGGUGCCAUCAGGCUAAAGAUCAGCGUGGAGAUGAAAGGAGAGGAGAAGGUGGCUCCACCCCACAGCCAGUACACAUGUCUGCAUGAGAACCUGUUCCACCACUUGACAGAGGUGAAAAAUAAUGGGGUAGUGAAGAUUCCUAAGAUUAAAGGUGACGAUGCCUGGAAGGUCUACUUCGAUGAUGUUUCUCAAGAAAUUGUUGAUGAGUUUGCCAUGCGCUACGGGGUGGAAUCAAUAUACCAGGCAAUGACCCAUUUUUCCUGUCUGUCAUCCAAGUACAUGUGCCCAGGUGUGCCUGCUGUAAUGAGCAACCUGCUGGCCAACAUCAAUGCCUACUUCGCCCACACCACCACUGCCACCACCAACAUCUCUGCUUCAGACCGUUUUGCUGCAUCCAACUUUGGAAGGGAAAAAUUUGUGAAGCUCUUAGAUCAGUUGCACAAUUCGCUGAGGAUUGAUUUGUCUAAGUAUCGGGACAAUUUUCCUGCCAGCAAUCCAGAGAGGCUGCAGGACCUCAAGUCCACUGUAGACCUACUAACAAGCAUCACCUUCUUCAGGAUGAAGGUACAGGAACUGCAGAGCCCCCCCAGGGCCAGCAUGGUUGUGAAGGACUGUGUGCGAGCGUGCCUGGACUCUACCUACAAGUACAUAUUCGACAACUGUUAUGACCUGUACAACCAGCUCCUUGACCAGUCCAAGAAGCAGGACAUCCCACGUGAGGAGCAGGGCCCUUCCAUCAAGAAUCUGGACUUCUGGCCCAAUCUGAUCACACUGAUGGUGUCUGUGAUCGAUGAAGACAGGACCGCUUAUACUCCUGUGAUCAAUCAGUUCCCACAAGAGCUGAAUAUGGGCAAGAUCAGUGCAGAGAUUACAUGGAACCUCUUCGCCACAGAUAUGAAAUAUGCAAUGGAAGAACAUGAGAAGCAUCGUCUUUGCAAGAGCACGGAAUAUAUGAACCUGCACUUCAAAGUGAAAUGGUUUUAUAAUGAGUAUGUCCGAGAUCUUCCUCCCUUCAAGGACACCGCGCCAGAGUACUCUCUAUGGUUCGAGCCCUUUGUCAUUCAGUGGUUAGAUGAAAAUGAAGAUGUUUCCAUGGAGUUUCUACAUGGAGCACUGGAAAGGGACAAGAAGGAUGGUUUCCAACAGACCUCUGAACAUGCUCUGUUCUCCUGCUCCGUGGUGGAUGUCUUUGCGCAGCUCAACCAGAGCUUCGAGAUUAUCAAGAAAUUGGAAUGCCCUAAUCCACAGGCACUGGCCCACUUCAUGUGCCGCUUCGCCAAGACCAUCAAUAAAGUUCUGCUACAGUAUGCUGCAAUCAUAUCAAAGGACUUCAGUUCAUAUUUGGACAAGGAUAAAGUGCCAUGCAUCCUCCUCAACAACAUUCAACAACUCCGUGUCCAGCUGGAGAAGAUGUUUCAGUCCAUGGGAGGAAAACAGGAGGAAGGGUCGGUGUCUUCUUGUAAGCUUGAUGCAGAGGCCAGCGACCUCUUGAAGGAGCUUCAGAAUAAGUUGAAUACAGUCUUGGAUGAGCUGAGUGGUGUUCUUGGCUCAAGCUUCAAGCCUGUCAUUGAGGACUGUGUGAAACAGAUGAACCAAGAGUUGGUUCAGAUGAAGGGGAAUGGCGCAGCCAAGAAGAGCAAUGCUGCCAUGGAUGCAGAGAUUGUGCUGCGGCCACUUAUGGAACUUCUAGAUAAGAACCUAAUUUUGUUUGCCAAGAUCUGUGAGAAAACAGUUUUGAAGAGAGUACUGAAGGAACUGUGGAAAAUCGUCCUGAACACAAUUGAAAGGCAGAUAGUUUUACCUCCUCUGUCUGACCAGAGUCAGCAAGGAGCUCAGAUGAUCUUCAGUGCAGCAAAGGACUUGGGACAGCUAUCCAAACUAAAGGAACAUGUAAUCCGGGAGGAGGCACGGAGUCUGACCCCACGUCAGUGUGCAGCCAUGGAUUUAGUGCUGCCCACCAUCAAGCAAUAUUUCCAUGCUGGAGGAAAUGGUCUGAAGAAGACAUUCCUUGAAAAAAGCCCUGAUUUGAAGUCACUGAAAUAUGCACUCAGCCUUUACACACAAUCUACAGAUGCCUUGAUCAAGAAGUUUAUAGUCACCCAGACAUCUCAAGGUCUGCUGUCUAACGGAUCAGUGGGUGAAGUGUCCAUUCAAGUGGAUCUCAUCUCUCAUCCAGGCACUGGGGAGCACAAAGUCAGUGUCAAGGUGGUGGCAGUGAAUAACCUCAGCUGGCAGACCAAUGCCAUGUUCCGGCCCUUUGUCGAGGUCAAUGCCAUAGGACCGCAACUCGCUGACAAGAAACGCAAGUUCAGUACCAAAACAAAGAACAAUAACUGGUCUCCAAAGUACAAUGAGACAUUCCAAUUUGUGCUGAGUAACGAACAUGAGCCAGAGUCCUAUGAAUUGCACAUCUCUGUGAAGGAUUACUGCUUUGCCAGGGAGGACAGAGUUAUCGGCAUGACAGUCAUCCCUCUUCGGGAGCUGGCCGAUAAGGGCAGCUGCUCAGGCUGGCACCCCUUGGUCAAGAGCAUCUCCAUGGAUGAGACUGGACUAACCAUCAUGAGAAUUUUGUCACAGAGGACCAGUGAUGAGGUGGCCAAGGAGUUUGUACGUCUCAAGUCUGACACAAGAUCAGUUGAAGAAACAUCCUGAACCAAACAGAGGGGCGUACCUUGACCACAGACAAGAGUCACAUUCUCUGUUUUUGUGCAUGUGUGUUAAACAUCUGUUGGAAUGUUCAUUUUAAGCUACAGUGUGUACAAGUGUUUACCUACCAUACACAGUACUUACUCUAACGUAUAUAUUCUACAGAUGUUAAGAAGAUGUUAAAUACCUUUUUGUACUGAAUUUAGUCUUUUUGAACAGUAAUUUGUUCAGAUAAAGUGCCAAACAGGAAAAAAAAAAGAAAUGCAAUGGUAAAAAUUUGGUAUGUUUGAAUUUCUGCUUGAUUUUUUGCCUACUGUUUCACAUUCUGACUG